AUACAUUCUAGUUCCGAAACUCCCGAGUGACGAAAAAUCCUAACAAAAAAUCGGUUGAAAACCCCUUUCGACCAAGGGCCAAACCGUUGCUACGCCUCUGGGCCCUCAUACGUUCUCGCGUACAUUGUUCACGGGUGACAUUGGACCCGUACACGCAAAGCAAACACAACAGAGCCAAAACAUCACCUUGAAGCUGUCAAUCGAAUAACAACUAGUGUCAAAAUCCUUCGAAUCAUUCCGCUAAUCAAAAUUCUCUCUGAAAAACUAAAGAAAAAGGGCCCAAAAGAGACCCCUGCCAGACGUCCAAAUUCGAAUAGCGCGCCGUCAGAGUGCGGACAGUGUCUAACUUCACGCUCGUGAGCAGAAAACAUGGCUGGCUUAUUGAUCCUCACUGUGUAAAACCCGUAAGAAGAUACACAAUGCCAAUUUUUUCCAUCUUUAAACCUUCAUCAAACCACUAAAGCCGAAGAAGUUGAGCUGGGAGGGCAAUCUAGAUUCGACGGACCAGAAUAACAACAUCACGAUGACUUCGGAGGAUCUGUUGCAGCCGGGUCAUGUGGUGAAGGAAAGAUGGAAGGUUUGCCGAAAAAUCGGAGGAGGUGGCUUUGGCGAGAUCUACGAAGGUCUCGACCUCAUCACCAGGGAACAUGUAGCCUUGAAAGUGGAAUCUGCCCGUCAGCCCAAGCAGGUACUCAAGAUGGAGGUGGCGGUGCUCAAGAAGCUGCAAGGAAAAGAACACAUUUGUAGAUUCAUUGGCUGUGGUAGAAACGACAGGUUCAACUACGUGGUGAUGCAGCUCCAAGGAAGGAACCUUGCGGAACUCCGCAGGUCCCAGCCGAGGGCUUCCUUCAGCCUGUCGACUACACUUCGUUUAGGACUUCAAAUACUCAAAGCUAUAGAAAGUAUACAUUCUGUAGGAUUCCUGCACCGUGAUAUUAAGCCUAGUAAUUUUUCAAUGGGAAGGUUGCCAUAUAAUUGUAGAAAAGUAUACAUGUUAGAUUUCGGACUGGCCAGGCAGUACACGACGGCUACUGGCGAGGUGAGGGCGCCACGAGCGGCGGCGGGUUUCAGGGGGACAGUCAGAUAUGCCAGUAUUAAUGCACACAAAAAUAGAGAAAUGGGACGCCACGACGACCUCUGGAGUCUCUUCUACAUGCUAGUGGAGUUCGUUAACGGCCAACUGCCUUGGAGGAAAGUCAAAGACAAGGAGCAGGUGGGUCUGAUGAAGGAGAAAUACGACCACAAGCAGCUGCUGAAACAUCUACCCUCCGACCUGAAGCAAUUCCUCGAUCACAUCAUGAGUCUGGAGUACGCCGAUAAGCCGGAUUAUCAGAUGCUUAUUUCCCUCUUCGAACGAUGCAUGAAGAGGAGGGGAGUCAAGGAAUCCGAUCCCUACGAUUGGGAGAGAACAUCGACGGCAGAGACGAUAACGCCAACCCAGAACACACAGCCCACGACCACAGCGGCGCCGACCAGCAACGCCAAGCACAUCAAGCACGCCGUGGACAACAACCAAGAGAACAUCGAGCCAACCGACAACAAGGAGGCUCAAGACGCGAGGAGGAAGAGGUUGGAAACUGAAGGAACGGCAGCUAUACCAACGGAACUACAAACCAAUACGGCAAGGUCGAACGUUGAUAAAAACUGCAACGCCACCUCAACUGAACAGAUUCUCCAAGCACCAAGACGGAGGGCCACCUCCCACCUUGAACAGCCUCCAGAAAGGCUGGAUAACGAAGCUGUGGGUUCCGCCAAAUCCAUAUCGGACGUCAAUCAGAAACCUGCGCCGCUACGUAAGAGUCAGAGCGGGGUAGCGACUGUGGGGAGGCUGAGGGUGGUAGCCCCAACCACGGCAAGCCUGGUCGACCCUACCAGCACGCCGGAACAAGAGAGACCGAGGAGGAGACAGCCUUCGGCGGCCAGAAGCUCCAGAGCGGGAGCCAGAGAUCAGAGUCUGACCCAAUUCGCCGUCAUAGACGAUGAAAACGUCAGUCAACAGGUGACUAGGGGUGGUGCUCUCACCCUUGCCAGCCAGUGGAAAUCGCAGUUCGACGACAGUGAAGAGACCACUGAUAAUGAGUGGAAACCGGAAUCCCCAGAACACAGGGCUGGUUUGGGGGUUCCUCUGGAGAACGUUGUACCAACCGCACCCCCCGUUCUGAGUAGAAUAAGCGAAGAUUCCAGGACUAGUCACAGAAAAUACGUUAACAUAGUGGGCAUAGAAGACUACCCCCAACUAAUGGGCGGUCUGCCCAGGGCUUGGUCCGCUCCAUCCUUAGGCAUGGCUUUACGGUCUGGUCUCAAGCCUCCGCUGCUCCAAGAAGCGGCAGUCGACGAUCUCAUAUUCAAGGUAGACGUAAUGCGAAACGUGGCUUCCAAACAUCACGACAAAGAGGAGGACGGUAACAAAGACAACCGACUGAGUAAAUGGUGCAGCUUACCCAACGUCUCUCUGAGGGAUUCCCAAGGGAUGAAGACUCCAGACGUGGAAGAAACGCAAAACGAAGAAGGAUUGGAAGAGGUGGCCGGUAAGCUGGAAAUCAGAGUGGUACCAAAGGAGCAGAGCAACGUCAGCAACUUCAUAGCCAAGGUGAUACCAAAAUCGCCUCCCGACCUGCAACUGAACGGUCUGAGCAACGGGAACAGGUCGAAAACGGAGAAGACCAAGAGCAUCCUGAAGCAGACCAGCAAGGACAAGGCCGAGGGAGAUCUGCCGAGUCCCAAGACCGAACAGGUGGCCUUCGCGGACAACCCUCACACCGAGGUCAAGAAGAGGGUCAGCCUGGACGAUCAGAUCAAGAUCGACGUGGGCGUCGACGAAGAACACAGGGUUCCGAACUCCAUACUCAAGAAGGACGAGUCCAACUCCAAGUCGGACAGUUGCAAGAGCAACAAGUCCAAGAGGGACGAGGUGGACAGCGAGAAACUGCCAAAUUCCGCCGGUAAAACACGUUCCAGCGACCUCCGAAGGGACGCUUUGGAAAAUCUGCGGACGGAGGGGAAGUCGGACUCCAGUUCCAGCAUGAAGGAGAAGAUCGACCAGAGUUUGAAGAACGUUAGGCAGGCGAUAGGGGAGAAGAAGAAGGAAAUCGAGAAAAACGGAUUGUUGGAGAAAUCCAAAUGUUCCCCAGGCGUGGAUCUGACGAGUAAUCCGAACGUCACUUUCGUGUCUUAUACGAACACGAUCACCCAAGAUCCGAGUAGGGAGAAGAGAUCCCUCGCCAACGGCCUGAGCCCUGGCCUGGAAGAACAGUCAGAGUAUUUCGACGCCACCGAGAAUCCCAAAGAGAAAAGAUUAGAGCCGGACGACGAGGACAGCGGCGUGGACAACGCCAGCCAGAUACUCAGGGAGCUAUCGACCAGUCCCGCCCUGGAGGGCGGCAAACUGUCCAAGAUCCCCGUCGCCGUGGGCGCCGGUCAGCGUCUCUCCAAGUGCAUGUCUUGGUCGGGCGACCUGACCCCAGGACUCAGGAGGAGGAGGCAGGGCGAGAAAUACGUCACCGAUCCCAGUCAGCUGAACUUGAAGUUCAAAAGACACUCGACGGUGGGCGGAGGGCUUAGAUCUAGAGGUAUUCCAACUUGCCUCAUAGGUGGCGGCACAGAGAGUUCCCCUGACACAUCAGAAGGACCACCGCCACCCCCACCACCGGAGGGCAGUCCACCGCCCGAAAGUCAGGUUAGGUGCAGAAGAUACAGACCCUUAACUUAGUGAACCACACAUCGGAGACACGUUCUAUAUCACCCGCUCUAGAUGGGAUCUGCUGAUAAAUCGGAGCAUCGCCCAUAAGGCAGAAACGCGAUAUUAGUAAUGAAGUUAAGAGACAAAAUGGUCGGGGAAUGUGGAUUUCGAUGAAGGGACGAAUAAAAAACACAAAAUAGUUUUUAACGUAGCGAACCAUCGCUUGGCUACCCCCCGAACAAAACCCACAUUUUCCACUGUAACCAUAACCCUACUUUUUAUCAGUUUGACACAAGUUUGUUGAACGACUUGAAGAUUGUACCAUUCUAUGAAAUGGUGGCGGCUGCCAGACUCUUUUUCUAUAUUGUUGUAAAUUUAUUGAGAUAAAAGCCCCCCAACUCCCAUUUUUAAACGCAGUUGAAAUCUAUUUUGCACAUUUGAUUGUGAUCAUCGUAUAUUUAAAUAUAAAUCGAACAACGUCAAGUUAGGAUCGGUAAAGCAUCAGGAGAUCUUUUGGACGAGGCUAUUCGUUGCUUGUUGAACAAUUUCAGCUUCUCAGAAUCGAAACCAUGACGCCUGGUCGAAAAAAAAUCUCGAAUAUCGUUGAAAAACUUGUCAUGGUGUUGGUUUUGACGGAUUCAUUUGCCCAAUUCGAAAAUUGACUCUUUCGUUGCUUGCUUGCCAGAUUGUUAUACAUGUGACACGAAUACUUCUUAAAAAAUUAUAUAUCUAACAAAAUGUUGAGCUGUGAUUUGGAUAUUAGUACUUACCGAAUGAAGAUCGAAUUGCUAUCUCAAUGGAAGCUCUCUUUUACAUGUUUAUCAUAGGGAAUAGUUCAGAAAUUAUCAUAUUGACGAAAAAUUGAGAACAAUCGUUGGAUGCUGUUAGAAUUGAGUUAAAUCCAUACACAGAUUGGUCCAGUUAUUGUCCACGAGACAUUUUGUUGAUUCAAACCCUAAAUUCUACACGUGGGCAAAAAUUAGACCCGUCUUCACGCGAAAAUAAUGGAUUUUUUUCUUUGAGUAAGCUUUGCUGCAACACUGACCAAUAAAAGACAUUCAAAAGAUAUAACCUGAAAAUUUCAUGUUCAUGUCAUACUUCAGGCUAUUUUUCUUGAGUGAAAUUGUAAAGUAUAAUUCUCUUAUUAUUCAAAUAUGUUCGAAUGUACGACAGGAAGUUGAAAGUGUCUAUUUUUUUACCGAAUUUAAGAUUUAUCUGCAUCAUUUUAAGUCAUAAAAAUCGGCUUGUACUUUAUGAAGAUGAUUUUAAUUGAAUAUUGUGAAAUAAAGAAAUUGUUAUACUCUUACUAUAGUUCUCAUCUGUCUGAGAAAUAUUGAAAAUGCAAAAAAAUUUUAUUGGCUGCUGAUUCUCGAAUGGUUUUACCCUAUAGAUUGAAUUUUAAUGUUUUGUCUCGUUUGAUGUAAUAUAUUCAUAUGAUGAUGAAUCCAAUACGCUGAUCUAGUCAAGAUACUAUUAUUUUUACUACUGUAGAUACUUAAAUCUAGUCAAACAAAAAAAUUUUAAAUUAGAGAUCGAAAAAUACAAAUAUUACUUAAUAUUACGUAUAAUAAUAAAUGCGGGAUAAAUAUGCUGAUAUUAUUAUUGUUAAUUAUUUUUAGACUGCAUCAUUAUUGACAAUGAUUUGUUUCACGUUUUUAUUUUUGUUUCGAAUAUCUGUAUUUGUAAUAUAUAAUAAAAGUUUACUUGAUUA